AUGAAUAGUUUAUUUUCUGGAGUUGGUAAAUUGCAACUAGAUACCUCUUCUUUACUCGACGACGAUGUUUCUAAUCAUAGUGAAAUUGAUAGACUGAAAACAGGUGAAGUAUCUCCCAAAAAAUUUCCUGAUCGCCCAAAAAUUCACUACACACCAACGGAAAAUGAUUUCGAAAGUCUCCCUGGGUUUGACCUUUCCACAGGCAAUGAAUGGCAUUAUCCUACCAGUGUCGAAUUACGAACUUACCAGUUCACGAUCACCGAACGAUGUCUUUACCAAAACUGUCUUGUCUGUAUUCCCACAGGUUUGGGAAAGACUCUGAUCGCCGCUGUUGUCCUUCACAAUUUUCUCCGGUGGUAUCCCAACAGUCGGGUCGUCUUUAUGGCACCAACUAGACCACUCGUUUCCCAGCAAAUGCUUGCUUGCAGAGAUCUCACUGGCCUUUCAAUCUCUGGUGAGCACGCUGCAGAAGCAGUUGAGCUAACAGGGACAACUCCACCUCCUCAAAGAGCUGCAAUGUGGAGUGGGCAACAUCGUGCAUUUUUUCUCACUCCUCAAGUCAUUGCAAAUGAUCUCGCUUCGGGAAUAUGUCCUGCCACUUCAAUUUCCUGUAUCAUUAUCGACGAAGCUCAUAAGGCUACUGGAAAUCAUGCCUAUUGUCAGGUGAUUCGAGGAAUAACAGGAGAGCCCUACAAUCAUCGACAAUUUCGGAUAGUUGCACUCUCUGCUACUCCGUCUACGCACCUCCUUGGGGCUCAGUCGAUUAUUGCUAAUCUCCUCAUUUCUCACUUGGAGGUACGAAACGAGUCCAGUCUUGAUGUACGUCCCUACUGCCACAGACGAGCUAUUGAAACUAUUGUCGUGCGUCUGGAUCCCCAGCUCUCCACCUUCAAAUUACGACUUUGUGCACUAGCUGUUCCUCCUUUGCAAAGGCUCUGUGAACGUAAUGCUCUCUGGACACCUAAUCACGGCAAGCAACCUGAUCCAGAGUCUUUUGCGCCAUUUACUCUGGUGAAAGCUCGUGAGACUUUCCUGAAACAGAAUCAAUUCUCGCCGUACACUGGAAUGAUUAUGCGAGAUUUUCGUAUUGCCACUUGUUUCGCUCGUUCUCUCCAACUUCUCACUCAGUAUGGCCUUCGACCCGUUUAUCAGUUUCUCCUUUCUAAUACAGAGUCAUCUGAUGAACUAGCUCAAGUUUCUGGGUUACAAGAGCUUAUUACUGAUAUAGGAAGUGCUUUGGGAAUCAACAAAUCAGAUGAGGCUAUGAGUCAACUACCGUUUGUUUUCGGCCAUCCCAAACUUUUCAAAUUGCGAGAUGUUCUAAUGGAUCACUUUUCCAAGUCAGUUACAAACUGUCUCAGUCAAAGAGGAACUAGAGCAAUUGUGUUUACUCAAUAUCGAGACUCUGUUGCAGAUAUAAUGCACAUGUUAAAGUCCUACUCAACUCUACUUCGACCGGCUGUGUUUGUUGGACAAUCAUCGUGUGAUCAAGGUCAUGUGCGGAAAAAGAACACACAACGUGACCAAUUGGAAGUCAUGGAGGCUUUCAGAGAGGGCCGGGUGAAUAUUCUGAUCUCCACUUCUAUCGGUGAGGAAGGUUUGGAUAUUGGUCAAGUGGAUUUAAUUGUCUGCUAUGAUGCUCACAAAUCCCCUUCAAGACUGAUUCAACGUCUGGGUAGAACAGGACGCAAACGCUCCGGAAGGGUUGUGGUUUUGCUCACAGAGGGUCGAGAACAGUCUAACUUCUCGCUGAGCAUGGCUCGCUCUAGUACUGUCCACACAACUCUCUUGCAAGGGCAAGCAAACAGACAGUUGACCUUUUACCCCCACAAUCCCCGCAUGGUCCCGUUGGGGAUUGAUCCUGUCCCUAUCUUUUGGCAACCUAUUCGUUCUGAUUCUGAUGUUCCAAUUAAGCGAAAAUCCCUUAGAGAAAGCAAGAAAAGGUAUUCUUUGUCAAAUUAUAAUUUCCGUCUUUCACCUUGCCUACAUUCUGCUCUAAUAUCUCUCGGGCAAACAGCGGAGGUUUGUGUGGACACAUUUUCUAAUCGAUAUUCCUUGAAUCGAGGCAUUGGAGCUACAAGGGAGGGAUUUCAAUCGGAGUUGAUAGGUUCUUCUAAAACAACGUGGAAUUUAGUGGCUUCUUUGAGGCUAAUUGAACUUCAUCGACGAGGUGGGACACAUGCAAUGUAUCAUGCAACCGGGAUGAGAAAAGUCGACAUGACUACUCCAUUAUCAGAGUUGAUACCAGCAUCAAUGAGUCAGCUCACUCAGGCGGUUUCAGGAUCAAUAGUUAAACAAUCUUCAGUUCCUCAAUCAUCUACUAUCACAAAACCUCCAAUUCGUUUGUUUAAGGGUCUUGUUUCAAAAAAACUAAUGGUUAUUCCUCGGUUUGAAAUUGGCGAGGAGUUGAAUCUUCCUAGUUCUCUCUCUAUUUCUGACAUAAAAUUAGAUAAUUUAAAUCGGGCAUUUGAAACCAUUGUUUCGAACUGUGAUGUAAUUGAUCCUCCUUUACGAAAUAAUGAAGGUGGAACGUUGACUCCAACUAAUUUGAUAUUUGAUAAUGGAUUUGGACUGCCUGCUCCCAUUCCUAGGAAGUCGUUGAAUCUACAUCAAAAUUGCGAAUUGCCUCCCGCCAAACGAAGGCGCUUUACAAUUGGAUUGGGUGACCCAUUAUCCAGGAAGAUUGACACUGAAUCGGCUUGGUAUGUGAGUGACAACGAGACUCGAACACCCGUCAACCUCGAGCCAAUCAUCUCCCUGGAUGCCAGCAAUUCAAAUUCUGGUGUGGAAGUGAACUACAUCGCUUUUGGGGAUGGCGAAAUCUCCCGUUGUCGACUCCCUCAUCGACUCUCCAAACGACGCUCCAUCGUUACCACUAGAUAUCCUGAUCGUGUCUGUGUUCUCGCUGUCGCCAAGUCAAAUGGCUACAUCGACGUCUUCAACAUUAAUCUGCUCAAGGAAAAUUCCUCUCCCCUUCUCGCGAAAAUGGUGUUAUUUGAUGGACGCCAGUCGAUAGUGCAUCUCUGCAUGUCCGGUGAGGGAGCGCUUCGACUCGCCUCAACCAGUUGUCGAGGCGACGUCAAACUCUGGGACAUUUGGGAUGAUGGAAAUAUGUACGCCACAUUAACCUUGAACACCGGUUCCCCCUCCUUUGUCAAUGCCAUAGAUAUUAAGACCUCAAAACGAUUAUCGUCGGCGCCUUAUAACCAUGCGGUUGCAGUGACGGCUUGGCAUCCCUUUGGGGGUCACAUAUUCCUUGGUGACCAACAGGGUCAUGGUCUGGUCCUUCAGGACGAGAAACCGUUUGGUUGCCUGAAUGUUUUGCGUCAUCAUCAUAUAAUCUCCGGAGCUGUCUACAGUCACGACGGUGAUUUUCUUAUUACCUCGUCUUUCGAUGGCAGUUGUGCCCUCUGGUCCGUGCCCUCUUACACUCAAGUCUUCUCUGUCUGGCAUAUGACAGUGAAACGCAAUAUUCGACUCUUGGGAGGUGCGAACGACUUCCAUGUCACAGCCCUUGCCUUAUCACCCGACUCCGAAUCCUUCGCCACGUUCUGUGAGGAUGGUACACUCCGUCUCUGGCCCCUGUCCCACACUCUUGAAUACCGAAUCUUAACCAAUCGAAGCGAUUUAAAUCGUCGAUCAGUUCACGAGCGAGCUCUUGCGUGGGGAUCCAGUGGACUGCUCUUGGCCUUCUCCCUUGUGAGCCUCUGCAUAUCUGCAAUUCGACGUCGCGUGGUGUCGGGACUCUGCGCGAACAACCCACUUUCCUCCUGUCAUCAACGUGCUGUCAAUGAGGGAAGCGUGCUGACCGCCUUGUCAACUCUACCCAUUCCCCGAAUUCUUAGAUCCCUCCUCUGUCGGCACUUUCAAACCGAUAUCUCAAUGGCUACUACUGCAACACCAACUGUUUCUACUAAAUUUUGA